AUGCCACAGUCUUUUACGUCCAUUGUCAAAAUUGGUGACUAUAUUUUGAAGUCACCUGUCCUAUCUAAGCUAUGUGUCCCAGUUGCCAAUCAAUUCAUUAACCUCGCAGGCUACAAGAAACUAGGCCUCAAAUUUGACGAUUUAAUUGCAGAGGAAAACCCUGUCAUGCAGACCGCUUUAAGAAGACUGCCUGAAGAUGAAUCUUAUUGCAGGGCAUAUAGAAUAAUCAGAGCUCACCAAACCGAGUUGACCCAUCAUUUAUUGCCAAGAAACGAAUGGAUCAAAGCUCAAGAGGAUGUUCCCUAUUUGUUGCCAUAUAUAUUAGAAGCAGAAGCUGCAGCUAAGGAGAAGGACGAGUUAGACAAUAUAGAAGUCUCCAAAUGA